CGCAGCUGCACGUAGGAACAGGAAGUAAAGAAACAGGACUAAUCUCGGAGAAGGGAGAACUUACACAGUAAAGUUGAUGUAAAAUGAGCCGAAUCUAUAAUAACACGUUAUUGCAGAACAAACCUGUACACAAUGAAACAUGUGACCGCGCGUUUUCUCCCUCCACGUAUGAAAGUGGUCAGGGGGUCCUCCUGGAGGGAAAGCUGAUCGACAUUUCCAGACAUUCAAUCAGUGAUGACAGAAAUCAAAAGGUCCGAUACUUUGUGCUGUACAUCAAACCCAGCCGCAUCCAUCAGAGGAAGUUUGAUGCCAGCGGGAACGAGAUUGAACCAAACUUCAGUGACACUAAAAAGGUUAACACUGGCUUCCUCAUGUCCUCCUACAAGGUGGAAGAAAAAGGGGAGUCAGACCGUCUGUCCGAGGAGCAGCUGUCAGCGAUAGUGAACAAAGCCGAGCUGGUAAAGAUAACCGACAAGUACCGACCCAGCGGGACUGUGGCCUUCUGGUACCCGGAGUCAGAGAUGGAUAAGACCGAGCUGGAAACAGGGCAGGACGUACGACUGAAGACCAGAGGAAACGGCCCCUUCAUAUUCUCCUUAUCCAAAGUAGAUGGCGGCACAGUGACCAAGUGUAACUUCGCUGGAGAUGAAAAGGCCGGAGCGUCGUGGACAGACAAGAUCUUGGCCAACAAAGCAGGCUCAGCCGGCACAGAGAGGCCCGGAGACGGAGACGGAGCAGAGGAGGAUGAGUGGGAUGAUUGAGGAAACGGUCCCCCUGAUCAGCCUGAGCUCUUGGCCCCGCUCCAGUCUCCAGGGUUGAAGUGCCUCAGCUUGGCUUCACUCCAUCUUCUUUGUCUUUGGACUGGACUUUUCACAGGGGUAUUUAACCUCUUACACAUGUGGCCUGCGGGCAAAUCGUGUGAACUUGUAUAGUAGGGUACCAGACUCCCCUGGAUCCAAAGUGAGUCUGACUGCUUUUUGUUUUGAAGUCUUUUUUUCUUCUUCUUUGAAACCUCUCCAUUCUCUUGUAUACUUUGGAUUACUGAUCUACAUUUAUUAAACUGGAGCUUGGAUUUUCAUUCUCUCGCAGACCUUUUUGCCUUACAGGCUGAACGUGUGCAUGUUACAACCCUACAGAGACCAAAACAGGCAAUCAAAUAAUCCCCUUUAAAGCAGGUCUAUUAUGCUGAUCCAUAUUUAGUAGUCAGAAGACUACAAAAGCGCUAUACAAGCUCAAGUCCAUUUACCAUUAAAUAUGUCAUACACAUAAUGUUACGACGUGAGAUGUUAGUCUGUAAUAAACCUCGGCGGAGUUUAAGAUACACAGUUGUUGGCCUUAUCGUCAGACUAAUUUCCUGCUGCUCUAAAUGAGAUGCUACAAGAACUUUGCGAGACUUGGCCAGACCAUGACAUCAGGUUCUGCUGACGUAUUAGAGCAAAGCAUGGAGCAGAGUUGUAGGACAUGCCCACCCUGGCAGCUCUUUCUAUGACACACCCACCCGGAAGCUCACUCAAAUUUCCCUGCGACUGCAAACAGAGCUGGCCAAUCGCAGGAAAGUGGGCAUGUAGGGAGAGGGGCCUAAAAGUGCUAUAUAAGCUCAAGUCCAUUUAGCAUUCAAAGAACAGCAGCUGAAAUGAACCGUUUCAGGCAGAAGCUGAAUUAGAGAAUUUUACUGACGCCAGUUUAAGAUAAAUAAGGAGGUUUUAAAACAACAUAUUUCACAAUGUUACUCAAUAGGUGUCUCAGACUGACAUCAGUAAUGGUGAAAGUGAGUAUAAUAGAUCUCCUUUUAGUGUUUUAACUGCAUCCAAAUACACUUUAAAUGUAUUCCAAUAUUACAUGGUCUAUAUUGCAUUUGAUGCCAUUGAAGUGGUCAUUUUUUUAUUAUAGACAAUGUAUAUUAUUUUCCCCUGAUACAACAAGAACUACUACAGAAAGGGGAACCAAAUUUAACACAACAUGUGAAUAUUUUAUUAUUAAAAUAACAAUCUUGCAAAAUGCAGGAAAAAUCUGAUAGCUUGAUUACAACACAUAUAUUACACAUGACGACAUGAUCCCAAUAACAACAGAGGAGGUUAUGACCGGUGAUGCGUGCAAAUGAGAAAUUGGCAACAUCAAAAUGCUUUUGGAAUUUGCUUUCGUUUAAUCCCAUUUAUUCACUGCUAGUACACAUGUAGUAAGGAGAAAAACAUACUACAAAAAAAGAAGAUUAGAAGAAUUUUCACCUUUACAAACACAUACCUGGUCUACCAUGAAGUUAUUAUUGUUGUUUUUUUGACGUUGAUGUUUGGGAUUGAUUGUGAUGUGCUGAAUGUCUCAUCAUGUCUUACAUUAAACAAAUACCAC